AUGUUCGGUAUUAUUGCGGACCUUCUGUCCUCAAUCAUCACGAUCCUGCUUCCUAUAUUUGCUUCCUACAAAGCCCUCCGGACUGGCGACCCUUCCCAGCUGGCACCAUGGCUGAUGUAUUGGGUCGUUCUGUCGGCCGUGCUGAUGGCGGAGUCAUGGACGAUCUUCAUUCUGGGAUGGUUCCCGUUCUAUAGCUGGUUCCGACUCUUUUUCUUCUCCUAUCUUGUUCUCCCCCAAACGCAGGGAGCUCGGAGUUUAUAUCAGGAAUAUGUCGACCCCUUCCUAGAGCACCAUGAGCGUGAAAUUGAGGAAUUCAUUGGCCGCAGCCAUGAGCGUGCCAAGGCUCUAGGACUUCAGUAUUUCUACCAAGCCCUAGACUACGUUCGGGAAAAUAUUCUGGGCUUGCCGGCCCAACGUCCCGCAUCUCCUCCGCCCCCGACUGGCCCGGCUGCCUAUGCGCAGUCGCUCUUGUCCCGGUUCAAUAUUCCAACUGCCGCUGGAGGCACUGCCCCAGCUACAGGCAACGACUGGCUCUCUGCAAUCGGCUCUGCGGUCGCUUCAGUUGCAUCUGGCAAGAGUGCUGAAGCACGCGGAGAGGAGCUGUCUGCCAGCGGAACACUACUGCCACGGGAGGUCGCGUCCAUGUCCCGUGCGGAUAAGGCCAAGUAUAUCUCGAGCCAAAGAGACAUGUUGGAAGUACUGCGUAGCGCUCUGGCCAAGGAGGAGCGCGACCUGCACAGUGCAGGCGCAGAGGUGGAUGACCUGGCGUACGGUGGUGCACCGCUGCGAAAGAACCGCAGCGAGAACUCUUUUACUCAUGUGGAGCAUGAGGAUACUCAGGAACGCUCGUCCGAUGCGCAUGGCCGCACAAGCAGCGGCAACUGGGCCUCUGGUUGGUUUGCAAGUGGGGAGCAAGCUGGAUCCUCGGGUGUAGACCAUGGGAACGAGGGCGCGAGAAGUCGGGCUCACUGA